AUGUCAUCUUCCAAUAAGACUGGGUCCAGCCCCCUGAUCUUCAUCCUCACCGGCAUUCCCAGUCUGCCAACGAGCAGCUACUGGAUGGCAUUGCCUCUCUGCUGCCUGUACCUCCUCAUGCUCCUGGGGAACUGCACCUUACUCUGGAUGAUAAAGACAGACCACAGCCUCCAUACACCGAUGUACUAUUUCCUGUCCAUGCUGUCUGUGGCAGACCUGGGCUUGUCUCUCUCCACCCUGCCCACUAUGCUGGCCAUUUUCUGGUUCGAGUCCACCUCCCUCCGUUUCGAGGCAUGCAUUGUCCAGAUGUACUUCAUCCACUCCUUCUCUGCCAUCGAGUCUGGGGUCCUGGUGGCCAUGGCUUUUGAUCGCUUUGUUGCUAUUUGCUACCCUUUGCGCUAUGCCUCUGUCCUGACGAGCUCCCUGAUAAUGAAGGUGGGGGGGGCAAUCUUCAUGCGGGGCAUCUGUGUGGUGCUACCUGUUGCUCUCCUUAUUAAGAAUAUGCCUUUUUGCAGGCCCCGUGUCCUGUCUCACUCCUUCUGCCUGCACCAGGACAUGCUGAGGCUCGUUUGUGGGGAUGUCAGAGUCAACAGCUUGUAUGGGCUGACGGCAGUGAUAGUCACCAAGGGACUGGACUCCCUGACCAUCCUCCUGUCUUACAUGAUGAUUAUCAGGGCCAUCUUGAGCAUUGUCUCCCAGGAAGCACAAGCCAAAGCCUUUAGCACGUGCAUCUCCCAUCUCUGUGCCGUCCUGAUCUUCUACAUCCCACUGAUUGGCUUGUCCAUCAUCCACAGGUUUGGGAAGCACCUGCCCCCCCUCACUCACACACUCCUGGCCGAUGCCUACCUCCUGGUGCCUCCUGUCCUGAACCCACUCGUGUACAGCUGGAAAACCAAGCAGAUCCGCAGGCGGAUUUGCAGAAUAAUCCUAGUCUCCAGUUGUGGGAGUAAAUGA